AUGGAGCACGACAAGCACGACAGGAUCACGAUUGUCGACGAGGGCGUCCCUCGUGAGGAAAUGCGGUCUCUGUCCCGUCGCAACUCAUCUCUUUCUAUUGGCAGCGCCCCGGGGAGAGUUGUCGCUCCGGAGAAUUUGCUGCCUAUUACAUACCGCACGCUUUCAUUCAAAGUCGACGACACGUCUGGGAAAGACGCCAAGGACUCUAAUAAACAGGAACAAGAACAAAUAAAAGGGUUGGCGGAACUCGACUACCACCUCCUCUCCGUCGACGAGCUGCAUAAACGAUUCACAACCUCCCCCCAAGGCCUGCAAAACGAACAGCUCAACCGACUCGUCGCCAAAUACGGCAAAAACCAGCCCUCGCCGCCCCCGUCAAGAUGGUUCCGGACCUUGAUGGGCUACAUGUUCGGCGGCUUCGGCAGCAUCCUUCUCGGCGGCGGCAUACUGGUCUUCAUCGCGUGGAAACCGCUUGGACACCCUCCAGCACAGGCAAACCUGGCCUUGGCUAUUGUCCUCGUCGCGGUCUGGGUCCUCCAGGCUGCGUUCAACGGCUGGCAGGAUUGGUCGUCGUCGCAGGUAAUGGCGUCGAUUACGACCAUGCUGCCGGGCCAGUGUGUUGCCGUUCGGAAUGGGAACCCGACGGAUCUGAGUGCGGUUGAUCUGGUGCCUGGGGAUCUGAUCCAGAUUAAGCAGGGGAAUAAAUUGCCGGCGGAUGUGCGCCUGAUUCAGGCUUCUGCUGAUGUUAAAUUUGAUCGGUCUAUCUUGACUGGCGAGUCGGAGCCUGUUCCUGGGUCUGUGGACUCAACAAACAAAAACUUCCUUGAAACGAAUAACAUCGGUCUGCAGGGUACAUACUGUGUAUCAGGAGCUGCAUUGGGCAUCGUCGUCGGAACAGGAGACCAGACGGUGUUUGGCCGAAUCGCCAGCCUAUCCCACGGACGCCGAACAGAGCUUACGCCCAUGCAGAAGGAGAUCCUGCGAUUCGUCUUGAUAAUUGCCUCCUUUAUCAUCACAUUCGUGGUCAUCAUUAUUAUCAUCUGGGCUGGGUACCUACGCAGAGACCAUCCCGACUUCAUCGACGUCCCAACCCUCAUUGUCAGCUGUGUGAGUGUUGGUAUAGCUUUUAUACCGGAGGGCCUCCCAAUCGCCAUUUCCAUGGGCCUUACUAUUGCCGCUGGGAUUAUGAAAAAGAAUAAGAUCCUCUGCAAGUCUCUUGCGACAGUGGAAACCCUCGGCGCUGUCUCGGUGAUCUGCUCAGACAAGACAGGAACCCUGACCAAGAACGAAAUGUUCGUCACAGACUGCUUCUCCGGAAACGAGGAGUACACCUCCGACGAAGCCAAAGAGCGCAUGGCCCAAGGAAUCCCCAACAAAUCCAUAAGUCUGGUCCGCUCCGUCGGAGGGCUCUGCAACGCGGCUGAAUUCGAUGCAAGCACUCUGGACCGUCCUCUGCACGCCGUAAAGGUCUUCGGAGACCCUACUGACCAGGCUAUCCUGCGGCUUUCGCAGUCGCUUGGACCGGUUAAUAACCUGCGUUCGCGGUGGAAGAAGACGUUUGAGAUUCCGUUCAACAGCAAGAAUAAGUUCAUGGUUAGGGUUAUGAAGUCGGUGGACCAGGACAGCGCGUACCUCUUCAUCAAAGGUGCUCCGGAUAUGCUUCUUUCGAAAUGCGCAUACGCGAUUAACAGAAAUGGCGAGGCGGAGGUCCUAUCCCAGAGCGACCGCAGCAAGAUCGAAGCUGUUAAAGACCACUGGUCGGCAAAGGGGAAGCGUGUUAUUCUCAUGGCCCAGAAGCUGCUUUCGAGUGACGCGGCGAAUGCAGCUUGCGAUGAGAAGGCGGUUCUUGAGUCGGCUGUGGACGGUCUUACCCUUGUAGGGUUGGUUGGACUUAUUGAUCCUCCGAGAGACGAGAUCCCGUCUGUGGUUAACACGCUCCGCGGGGCUUCUAUUCGGAUUAUGAUGGUUACCGGAGACUACAAGCUCACUGCUCAAGCAAUUGCAAUCGCGUGCGGCAUUAUCAGAACGCAUCCUGAUCUGGUCGACGAUAUCAAGUCUUUGGACCACUACGAUGAAACAGCCAUCAAGCAGCCCGGUGCAACAACCGCCAUUGUCAUCAGUGGCCCCGAGCUGGCUGAUCUCUCUGACAACGACUGGGAUAGAAUCUGUGGUUAUGACGAAAUCGUCUUUGCGCGAACGACGCCCGAGCAGAAGCUUCGCAUUGUCAAGGAGUUCCAGGCUAGGGAUAAUAUCGUCGCCAUGACAGGUGACGGCGUCAAUGAUGCCCCGUCUCUGAAGGCAGCAGAUGUUGGUGUUGCUCUGGGCAGUGGGUCUGAUGUGGCGAUUGAGGCUGCUGAUAUUGUCCUUCUUGAUUCGUUCUCUGCCAUCGUUGAGGCUGUCAAGUAUGGGAGACUCGUUUACGAUAACCUGAAGAAGACUGUCAUCUACCUCCUUCCUGCUGGCAGCUUCAGUGAACUAUGGCCGGUCAUAACGAACGUGGUAUUGGGCGUCCCGCAAAUCCUGUCUUCGUUCCUCAUGAUCAUCAUCUGUUGUCUAACCGACUGCGCCGGCGCAAUAACCCUCGCUUUCGAAAAGCCAGAAUCUGAUCUGCUUCUCCGACCCCCCCGAAACCCCAAGAAGGACCGUCUCGUCGACGCAAAGCUCCUCGGCCACGCAUACUUCUUCAUCGGAUUAUACGAGUGCUUCAUGUCCUACGCCAUGGCAUUCUGGUACAUGCAGAGAAAAGGAAUCCCAUUCAGCGCCAUGGUCCUCCGGUACGGCUCCAUGGAUCCGCAAUACGACCCAGACUACGUGACCCAAGUCGCGAAUGAGGCGUCCUCGAUCUACUUUGUCAAUCUGGUGUUUAUGCAAUUCUUCAAUUUGCUCGCCGUUAGGACCCGCCGGUUGAGUAUCUUCCAGCAGCCGCCGAUUCUGAAAAGGGAGACGCAGAAUCUGCUGCUUUUUCCCGCGAUGGGGUUUGCGUUGUGUGUGGUUUUUAUAUUCCUGUAUAUCCCGGCCUUGCAUGACUCGAUUGAUACGACCACGGUGCCUGUGGAGCAUUUCUUCCUCCCGAUUGCAUUUGGACUUGGGCUUUUAUUCCUCGAUGAAGUUCGUAAGUAUUCAGUGCGGCGCUGGCCGAAGGGUGUUCUGGCGAAGAUUGCCUGGUGA